AUGUCUUCGCCAUCCCCUCCCAUCUCCCUCAUCACCGCCGGAUCCGCCGGCCUCGGCGCCUGCGUGGCAGAGCUGUUCGCCCGCAACGGCAUGCGCGUGGUCAUCAACUAUGCCAGCAACAUCCAGCGCGCCAACGAGCUGGUCGCCAAGCUCAAGUCCAUCAGCACCCUGACCCCGGCCGAGGGGAGGGUGGACUACCACGCCAUCAAGGCGGACCUGGCCUCGCGGGCGGACGUGGAGCGGCUGGUCGAGCAGACGGUGGACGCCAUGUGCCCCUCCGGAGGCGAGGGCAAGCGCCGCCUGGACGUGGUCUUCAGCAACGGCGGCUGGACACACAUGCGCAACCUGUACGACCUCGAGGACAACCUGGUCGACGAGGACUGGGACAGGUGCUUCACCGUCAACGUCAAGAGCCACCUGUGGCUCAUGCACGCCGCCAAGCCCUACCUCUCGGCCGGCUGGGACGACGAGGAGGGCGGCGCCAGGGAGAGCGGGUGCUUCGUCACCACGGCGAGCCUCGCCGGCGUCAAGGUCAGCGGGAGCUCCCUGGCCUACGCCGUCACCAAGGCCGCCCACCUGCACCUCGCCAAGGCGCUGGCCAUGCUCGCCGCCCCCAAGGUCAGGGUGAACAGCGUGAGCCCUGGUUUGCUGCUGACUGAAUGGGGACUGAGGUUUCCCCCGGAGAGGAUACAGGCGAUGACCGAGGCGUCCAAGCUGAAGAGAUUGGCCGCUGUCGAGGACGUCGCGGAGCAGGUUCUGACCUUCGUGAAGAACAAGAGUGUCACGGGACAGAACAUGGUCUUGGACGGUGGGUUGUCACUAUAA